CGAGUUCCUUCCCUUAAAAACAUUUUCAGUAUACCUUGUUAUGCAUGGUUUAUCAGAACACGUGUUCAUUGAUAAACAAAAACAUAUUAAGGUGGGUCAUAAACAGCCAAUGAAAACGCUCUUCAUAGCGCACACCUCCAGAUAAGCGCCGAAGCAUUCCGGAAAUACUUGAUACAGAGGUUGGUGGGGAAAGAAAAAGAAAAGAUAUUUCUUUCCGCUUACCAAAUAACGGCCACAUGUUGAUACUUAUUUUUUUCCACGAUAAUCCGUCAGUCGAUUAAUCUAUAGACCACAGUGGUAAACCAUUCGUGAUUCCGUAGUAUAAACCUUUGUUUUCAUCGAUUAUAGAAGGAGUAAUUAGUGGGUGGAGUAACAAAAUAAUUGUAACGAUAUAAUGAAGCAACUGUCUUUGAGAACCCACCUUACAUUCUCUGGAAUAUCAUCAUUUACUUCAACAUGUCACAGUUGUAUUAUAAAUCCAGUUAAAACAGUAAACAUGCUAAAAAUAAGAGCAUUUUCUUUCCAUAGACAUGGACAUAUUUGGAAGUCUAAAUUUACUAAAGAUGAAACCAGGUGUCCGAAACAUUAUUUAGCUGGGAAAAAUCAUAGUUUAAAUAUUCAUUCCAAUGUAAAUAAAGAAAGUUAUUAUUCAAGGAAUAAUGUAAGGAACUCCAGGGAUCAUUCAAUGACUUGGAAGAAAAGUUUGCGCAAUCUAACAAACUGUUUAAGGCUGGUACCAGGCUCAAAUCUAGAUAUAUUAGGAGGUUGCAGAUCAUAUCAUUCUGGUUCCAGUAUUUAUCUAAGCCCAGGAGAGAAAUGGCAGCCAGGAGCAAUUCCCCUUUUGGAUGAAAAUGCGAGUAUAAUAGAAGAUAUUGAAGAUAGAUUGUUUGACUAUUUAGGGGAUAAGAAUGGACGAGUUCAUAUUACAAGAUUUGUAAAUGCACUUACAUCUACGGGAUUGAGGGAAAAUGAUCCACGGCUGGCAGAAUGUUUUCAGGGGUUGUCUCGGUACCAAUCGUCCGGGAGAUUUCAGGACGGUGAUAUGUCUAAGUUCGGUCCAACCAUAGAUCGUGAAACUUUUAAACAAUGUAUAGCAAAGAAUAUAUCCCUGAUCUCGACUGCGUUUAGGAAUGAGUUUAUCAUACCGGACUUCAGUCAGUUUUGCAGUGAUAUAGAUGAACUAUACUGGCAGUGUAGAGAAAACAUUAGUGGAAAUGUAGCAACAUAUAUACCUCAGCUUGCUAGAUAUAGUCCUAACUUCUGGGGUGUGGCGGCGUGUAGCGUAGAUGGACAGAG